UGUUUUUUCCAUCCCUCUCUGUCGCCUGUAUCAUUCAGCAUAUUUUUUUAUAUAAAUAUAUAUGUUUUCAUCCAUGAUGGCGGAGGAUAGCGAGUCCGCAGCCAGCCAGCAGAGCCUGGAGCUGGACGACCAGGAUACCUGCGGAAUAGAUGGCGAUAACGAGGAGGAGAAUGAACAUAUGCAAGGGAGUCCGGGGGGAGACUUGGGGGCUAAGAAGAAGAAGAAGAAACAGAAGAGAAAGAAAGAGAAGCCGAGCUCAGGAGGGGCCAAGUCAGACUCUGCCUCAGACUCACAGGAGAUAAAGAACCCACGGCUGCCCAUGCAGAAGCUGCAGGACAUCCAGAGGGCCAUGGAGUUGCUGUCCUGCCAGGGACCAGCUAAGAGCAUCGACGAGGCCACCAAACACAAGUACCAGUUCUGGGACACACAGCCUGUACCUAAACUCAAUGAGGUUGUAACGAGCCAUGGGCCCAUCGAGGCUGACAAGGACAACAUCAGACAGGAGCCCUACUCUCUACCUCAGGGCUUUAUGUGGGACACUCUGGACCUCAGCAACGCUGACGUGCUGAAGGAGUUGUACACCUUGUUGAAUGAGAACUAUGUGGAGGAUGAUGACAACAUGUUUAGAUUUGAUUACUCACCCAACUUUCUCAAAUGGGCGUUGCGUCCUCCAGGCUGGUUGCCCCAGUGGCAUUGUGGGGUGAGGGUUUCCUCCAAUAAGAAACUGGUUGGUUUCAUCAGUGCCAUUCCUGCUGAUAUCCACAUAUAUGACACCUUAAAGAAGAUGGUUGAGAUAAACUUCUUGUGUGUCCAUAAGAAAUUGCGUUCGAAGCGUGUGGCUCCAGUUCUGAUCAGGGAGAUCACACGAAGGGUUAACUUGGAGAGUAUAUUCCAGGCCGUCUACACGGCAGGAGUGGUACUACCCAAACCUGUGUCUACCUGCAGGUACUGGCAUCGUUCUCUGAACCCCAGGAAGCUGGUGGAGGUGAAAUUCUCUCACCUGAGCAGAAACAUGACGCUGCAGAGAACCAUGAAACUGUAUAGACUACCGGACAGCACUAAGACCCCGGGCUUGCGGGCGAUGGAGAGGCGUGACGUGCGUCAGGUGACGGAGCUGCUGCAGAAGCACAUGAGACGUUUCCAGCUGGCGCCCUCUAUGGGCGAGGAGGAGGUGGCACACUGGUUCCUCCCUCAGGACAACAUUAUAGACACAUUCGUAGUGGAGGGUGCCGGUGGUGUGUUGACAGACUUCACUAGUUUCUACACCCUGCCCUCCACAGUGAUGCACCAUCCACAGCACAGAAGUCUGAAGGCUGCUUACUCCUUCUACAGUGUUUACACACACGUUCCACUACUGGACCUGAUGAAUGACACUCUCAUACUGGCCAAACUGAAAGGCUUUGAUGUGUUUAAUGCUCUGGACCUGAUGGAGAACAAGGUGUUUCUGGAGAAGCUCAAAUUUGGCAUCGGAGACGGCAACCUGCAGUAUUACCUCUUUAACUGGAAAUGUCCCCCCAUGGACCCCGACAUGGUUGGCCUUGUUCUUCAAUAACUAGUCUGUCUGUGACUGCUACACACUCAGUUAGAGGUCAAAGGUCGUCGCUCGACCUGGACACACAGGAGAAGAGAAUGACAACAAUCAAUCAAUCAAAGUGAUCGGGAGGUGAGCAUCUCCAGAACAUUCUCUCUGCUCACCCGGAAGUGGUAACUCUUUUUAACCAUCAACAUCCUGAAUGUGAAAUCAUGCUCUGCUGAGACAGACUCUCGUACAGUACAGUACACCUCUACACACAUACACACACACACACACACUACAUGAAGAGAAGGAAGAUUUGCAUCCAAAAUGUUUUUCUUUUUUUAUUAAAAAAGGUGCAUUGGUAACUGUGUUUGUUGGAGAGAGCAGAAAUGUAGUAACCUGUACAUUUAAUGCCAGAACAUAUUUAUUCCUGUAGUGUGGGAUAUGGGGGGUGGGAGAGGAAAGAUCCAAAGUAUUUUCUUCACAACUAGCGUAGAUGUUAUUGACUUUGGUGUUCCUAUGAACGGUUAGGAGGGGAGGGGAUUCUAGGGAUUUUUGAGGAAGAAUGUAUUUGAAGCACAAAUCUUAAGUUCUUACCUGAGCAAAAGGCUCCUUAAAAACCCCCAGGUGCAUUUUAUAUUGAUUAUUUCUGUUUGUUUUGUGUGUUUAGGUUUUUCAAAUAUAUGUGAGUGUCUGAGAAACAUAAAAUGCCAGAUGGGAAUUUUCUCAUUUUAAAACUGUUUUUUUUGUGUUUGUGCAGCUAACAGCAUAUAUUCUUUUAAAAAGGUCCCCAUUUUUUUCCGCACACAAUUCUGAUAUUUAGGAUUGUGCUUUUAUGUUGUGUGUUUUGUAAUCAUUCCUCCCGUCUGUCAGUAUUUGUUAAAACCCCUUCAAAUCAAACGGGCAUCUUCACCUAUAAAUAAAGGUAUUGGGUUGGAGUAUCAGGCAGCUCCUUGUAUAAGAUCCAGCACAUGAAGGAACCUUGACACAAAACCUGUGAAGAGAUAAAGCAGCUGUUGUUCUGUUUGCUGAUGUCAUCAUGGUUACUACAGUUAGAUAUACAAGUGUCCCUGUCAGUGAGAAACUGAGUUGUGUACAUGGGGAAAUCUUUUUUUGUUUACAUGGGGAAAAUACACAAUGUACAAAACAUUAGGAACACCUUCCUAAUAUUGGGUUGCACCCCCUUUUGCUCUCGGAACAGCCUCAAU